AUGGACGAUAUUAACAUAUAUCCAACCGCUUCUGGCGGGGAAAACUUAGAGAUGAAUGUGUUACCUGCGCACGAAGGCCCGGCUGCAGUGUCUACGGAAAAUGCGUUCAUAACAGUGUAUUCGUUCAACAGAUCCAAUAAUCUUACAGAAGCAUUUUCCUAUUAUGAUUAUGGACUAGCAUUCGACUUAGAAUUGAUGCAUCGGUACAUUUUACAGGAAUUAGAAGCAGAACGAAGGCGCCACAGUAAACCACAAGUCAUCGCACUGAUGAUCUUGUACACUAUAUCAUUUCUCACCGGUCUGGUCGGGAAUUCCUUAGUUUUGUUCACAGUUGCCAAGUUUUCCCACAUGCGAACGGUGACAAACGCCUUUCUGGCUAAUCUAGCAGUAUGUGAUUUAUUGGUAGUGUUGUUAUGUAUGCCAAUCUCUCUCGGUUGGGAGAUAUAUAUGCAUUGGAUUUAUGGACCAGUGAUCUGCCGAUUGGUGCCGUUUAUACAGGGUGUGUGCGUAUCGAGUAGUAUGCUAACACUCACGGCAGUCAGUCUUAAUCGUUAUUACGCUAUUCGAAAGCCUCUAAGAGCCCGCUCGGUUUUCACCAAAAGAACUGUUACAAUUUUCAUCGCUGGCAUAUGGACAGUGUCUGUAAUUAUUAUGGCGCCUUUGCUGUAUACCAAUGAUACUGAAGAACUCGCAAUCAACGGAAUAGUGAUUGACACAAUAUGUUCCGAGUUGCAUUGGCCUUCGAGACAGAUCAAGCGUUUGUACGGUAUUUUAGUUUUCCUUUUCACGUAUUUCAUACCGUUGCUAUUCACUAUUGCAGUUUACCUGCGCAUUUGCCAGAGGCUGUGGAAUCACGAUCAAAAGUUACGACGCGAUCCUCUACCUAAGUCGAAGGCACAUAACGCUGUAAUAGAAAAUCAACUGAAGGGGAGAAGGAAAGUCGUGAAAAUGCUUCUUUGGCUAGUGUCAUUGUUCGCUGUAUCGUGGUUACCCUUCUUCAUCUCGCAAAUCUAUUUGGAUUUUGUUAACGACGAGAUUGCCAUUAGUGUGCACGCGUUCUUUCUCUGGCUUGGUCUAUCAAACUCUUCAAUAAACCCAAUCUGUUACUGUUUUAUGAGCGAGCGUUUUAAAAACUGCUUUCGAAUGAUAUGCUGCUGCCCAAAGUUUAAGAAACCACGCAAGUUUGUACGUGGGGGUAGUAGUCGGUACGCUGGUUUCUCGAGAUCAAAAUCGACUUCCUUCUUUCGCAGCGGGCGUACAGAGAGUAUUAGAUUUUCUGUCAUCGACAAUCCGAACACCUUACAUAUUAAUAGUCGCAGGGAAACGCCGAUAUAUUAUCACGGCAACGGUCAUGCGAUUUCGCGAACUCAUAUACGUGGCGGCACGGUAUUGUCUGAUUUGAGUCUCACUGAUCUGCUUCAACGAGACGACGAAAUGAAGAUCACAGCUCAGAAUCAACUAGACGAAUCGCCGCUCCAAUUCAACAACAACGGUCAAACCAUGCGUGGUAUCUAUCAGACAACUAAUUUGCAAGCAAUAUCCAUCCUUGAAUGCGAUGAGAGACAGCGUCCAUACUCGUACACUGGAUCUGAUAUAAGUUCGGAUGCAAACUUCAAAGAGACUCAGGAGACUGUCGCCACUUCGAUAGAUCUACAAGAGAACUGCAGCGAUCAACGUAAGGAAAUUGUCGACUGGGAGAGCAGUAUAUAA